AUGUCUUCACAUUGUGAAAUACGUGGUGAUUCAAUAUGUUCAACAAUGUAUCAUGGUGGUAUGCAACGUUCACGUCUUAUUCCACGAAGACAUUCAUUAUUUUCUAAACAUAUAUUUAUGCUUAAAUGUAAUGGUGUACAAAAUUUAAUGGAUAAUCAAGAAUUACGUACAGAUCAAGUAACACGAUGGACAGCACAAAGUAAAAUGAUUGUUGUUCUUUGUGAACAAUCAUAUGUUCAAGAACGUCAAGAUAAAUAUUGGAAAUGUGUUGAAUUAGUACAAGAUUACGCUAUUUAUGAAGAAGAACCUCAACAAAAUGAAGAUGAUAAUGAUGAAGAAGAAUACAAUAGAAUAUAA